AGAAACACGUUAAAUAUGAAACUAAUUGUCAUAUUUAUUUCCGCAUUUUCUGACUAUAAAGACAAAGGCGAUUGUUUAAGUGAACUAUGUGCCUCGGGGUUCUCCGAGAGGUCCACACUACAUAUGGUUAGGGAAAGGGCGGAAUUCUCUAUUGAGACAAUGGAAAGACAAGAGGGAUGGUGUAAACGAAAUCAAAAACUGUUGAUAUUCUUCCUUGUAUUUGUCCUUGUAGUUGGAUGUCUAGUAUACUUCGGAUACUACCAGACAAAACUGAACAGAGAUUUGAUUGACACUGUAACAUCUGAGCUGGCAUCCGACAACCAAUAUGCUGGUAGCUUAUUCGGAGGAUUACCAGCCUCUGGCCUUGGCCAGGCGGCGGCAACAGCUGAUGCACGAAAAUACUAUCUCAAUAUAGGAAUGCGCCAAGACUAUCUGCUACAAGAAUGUCAGGGAACGUAUUACAAGCUUUCCUUCCCAGAUGUUGACUAUGCAUUAAUGGGAUACAACGUAUUGCGAGGCUACCCUCUGGCAACAGGACAUGACCCUGGCUUCACAUACCCAAUCUUUUCUGCCGACUAUGGAAACGGACUGCAAACCGCCGAUUGCCGUUAUAGUGUUCCAAAAGGUUUGGUUGUUGUUCCAGACGUGUCGUGUGUUACAUCGUUCUCCUCACAGGUUGUUCAAACAAAAUAUGAAUUUGCAAAUUCAUUAUCGGUUUCUGCAAGCGUGAGCGGUGGUGGUUGGGGUGCCAGCUUCUCUGCUAGUGCUGGCUACAAGGAAUCAUCGUCAGAAAUAUCUACUGGAGAGUCGGUUUACAUUAUCUCUUCCGCCAGUUGCAACUAUUACUUCAGUAAAUUAGUGAAACGCUCACCACCACCAUUUGACCCCGUUUUCUUGAGUUGGAUUCAACGACUGAAUACUAAGGGCACAAAGGCAAAGAAAAUUUAUCUAGAGUUUUUCGACACAUACGGUACCCAUUUUGCAACUGAAGUCACGUUUGGGGCGCGAUUUACUUACGAACAUAAAAUGUCAUCGAAAAAAUACGAAACCCAAAGUGAACAAGGCGUUAAUGUUGCGGUUCAGGCAAGCUACUCUGGUUUGUUUAGUGUCGGUGGUGGAUUUUCAAUGGAUUCCUCGCAGAAAGAAGCGGCUUCCGACUUCUCCAAGUCCGUUGAAACAAAAACGAUAACUGUAGGAGCAGCGCCACCUGCAAAUGGCGAUGCAAUGACUUGGGCAUCAACGGUGAAAAAUAGUCCCGUUCCUUCUAAAUACAAACUUUCAUCCAUGGAAGAACUGUUUACCGAAACAUACAUAGAUUCAGCCAAAUUGAAUGUCAACCUCACUCUGAUCUCUCAAAAUAUCAGAAAGUUUAAGUACGAAUACUGUAAACAUCUGAUGUUUCAAGGUGAAGUUGAAACGUGUGAGUCGCUUUCCCCGGGAAUGAUGCUCGAAAAAACGAUACUUUAUGGUCAUUAUGAAACAAAAGCACUAUCAUAUAAAGAAUGCAUUGAUCAUUGUUUGAAACAGAUUAAAUGUGUCGCAAUAGAUUAUUGCGACCAGUGUGACAGCUCAAGCGGUUCUUACCACACCUGUUACCUUUAUAAAACCGGAGAGCAAGGUUCUGCGGACAAUAAUGACAAGUGGAAAUCUAUAUUUUUUGUUGGUAAAAUGAAAGCACAACUUGAGCUACUGAGCACAGAGGUCAUUGGAACAGAAAGAGGGUUUGAAACAGAAGAAGAUAAGAAUGCGAAUGCCACCAGGUGUAAUGAACUGUGUGCUGAUGAUGCCCAUUGCAUUGUAUAUAGUUAUUGUAAAUGCCCUGAUGUUGAACAAAAAUGCAAACUUUAUAGUUUUGCAAACGUUUUUGGAUUUAGAAAGGCAAUAGGAACAAAGUCGGUCUUUGUUCCAAAAUAUGAAGAAUAACAGUUAAUUUUGAAAUUAAUUUGAACAAAUCGAUAGCUCUUGGCGUUGCUCUUAGGCUCGCGAUUGAUUUUUCAUUUUUAACUAUAUUUGCUGUGCAAGCGCUUAAAAUAUGGAACUCUCAGCAAAAACUAUAAUAAGUUCUUCAGAUCCUUGGAAAAGCAAUGAAGUUACAUAUAUUCUAAACACUCUUCGUUGAACAUAACAGAUCAUUUCUGUAUAAAAAUUAUGUUGAUUGUGCAACCUGAUAUAUGACUGAUGAUAUUGACUGAUAUGUCUCAUAAAUAUCUGAUAAAUCCUCAAAUUAACCCUUACCCUGCUAAAUUUAUAUAAUGAACUUGUCCAUCUUUCAAUUUGGUCAGUACACCAUUAACUGUUAAAAGUGAUGCUUACCAAAAAGAUACUGACUGAAUGGCGAACAGUGCAGACUAAGACCAGCCUGCACAUCCGGCAAAAUCAUUUUCCACCACUGCCCACCAGCAGGCUAAAGGUUAAACAAGUCAUUUCCAAAAUUUUCUAUGCUCCAAACCUUACGUGCUUACUGUGUGACGUGAGCUUGUCUCACUUUACAAGUGUUUUUGCAUGUAUAUUAUAUUUUAGCAAUUUUUAGUAAAAUUAACCAGAUUCUUUCCUAGUAUUAUUGCUGCAGAUUGCUUCUAUUUACUUCAAUUUAUAGAAAUAAGAAAACUAUCGAGUUCCGUUAUGUUCUUUGGAACAUACAAUGAAAUAAUCAGAAUAACUGCUUUUAUCUAAAUUUACAUUUGAUGUAAAAUAUUUGGCGAUACCCGUACAUCUGCAUGACUAUAUAUUUACAAUUAAACGUUAAAACUAUA